AGUCAUCUUGCAGCUUCGUGCAGCUGGCCAAUCAACUUAUCCACAACAGUUCAGCAUCAAUUGCAAAUAUAGUUAAUUAUCCCAGACAGUACCGUGAUAGUCCCAGCCAGUACCGUGAUAGUCCCAGCCAGUACCGUGAUAGUCCCAGCCAGUACCGUGAUAGUUCCAGCCAGUACCGUGAUAGUCCCAGACAGUACCGUGAUAGUCCCAGCCAGUACCGUGAUAGUCCCAGCCAGUACCGUGAUAGUCCCAGCCAGUACCAUGAUAGUCCCAGCCAGUACCGUGAUAGUCCCAGCCAGUACCGUGAUAGUCCCAGCCAGUACCGUGAUAGUCCCAGCCAGUACCAUGAUAGUCCCAGCCAGUACCGUGAUAGUCCCAGCCAGUACCGUGAUAGUCCCAGCCAGUACCGUGAUAGUCCCAGCCAGUACCGUGAUAGUUCCAGCCAGUACCGUGAUAGUCCCAGCCAGUACCGUGAUAGUCCCAGCCAGUACCGUGAUAGUCCCAGCCAGUACCGUGAUAGUCCCAGCCAGUACCAUGAUAGUCCCAGCCAGUUACCCCAGUACCGUGAUAGUCCCAGCCAGUACCGUGAUAGUCCCAGCCAGUACCGUGAUAGUCCCAGCCAGUACCGUGAUAGUCCCAGCCAGUACCAUGAUAGUCCCAGCCAGUACCGUGAUAGUCCCAGCCAGUACCGUGAUAGUCCCAGCCAGUACCGUGAUAGUCCCAGCCAGUACCAUGAUAGUCCCAGCCAGUACCGUGAUAGUCCCAGCCAGUACCGUGAUAGUCCCAGCCAGUACCGUGAUAGUCCCAGCCAGUACCGUGAUAGUCCCAGCCAGUACCAUGAUAGUCCCAGAUCCCAGCAGUACCAUGAUAGUCCCAGAGAGUACCAUGAUAGUCCCAGCCAGUACCAUGAUAGUCCCAGCCAGUACCGUGAUAGCCCCAGCCAGUACCGUGAUAGUCCCAGCCAGUACCAUGAUAGUCCCAGCCAGUACCGUGAUAGUCCCAGCCAGUACCGUGAUAGUCCCAGCCAGUACCAUGAUAGUCCCAGCCAGUACCGUGAUAGUCCCAGCCAGUACCGUGAUAGUCCCAGCCAGUACCGUGAUAGUCCCAGCCAGUACCAUGAUAGUCCCAGCCAGUACCGUGAUAGUCCCAGCUAG